UUUCUAAAACUCUCAACCCCAUAAUAUCCGAAACUCUUGUCUAAAUCCCCUAGACCUCCACUAGCCCUAUGCUGCCCAAUUAAUCGAACCAUAUAGCACACUUAGGGUCCACUAAAAUUCCCUUUCCCAAAAUGCUUACUGAAAAUUCCCCCACUGAAGAAGACCAGGAAGAGCUUGACCGUGAACGGGCGCUUGCUCAGGCCCGAAGAGAAGAACAGGAGAUGCUCCAAGAAGCUAGAGAGUACGAACAGAAGGAGACCCUCAGGAUUGGCAGUAGAGCCAAGGAUGCCAUAUUUGACCAGCAGCGGCCCUGACCAAGCGACCAGGAAGGAACUUUGGAUCCCAAGAUCAUGAAAGUGUGGAGUGAGGUGAGCGAUAACGUCUUGGAUACCAUGGCAACUGGCGCUGAGCUCGGGUUUACGAUUAAUAGAGUGUAUUAUAACAAAUGGAAUUUCAUACAUAAAUUGAAUGGGGAGAAACUUGAGAAGAAGGGAGUGGAAGAGCAGCAGAAAGAGGGAGUGAAAGAGGGAGAGAAGGAGAAAUCUUCGAAGUAUUCUGCUUUACUGAAAUAUCGCGCGAAUCUUACGAAAACUAUCGCUUCUGAGGCAAAUAUUACUGAAACUAUAAAUGCUCAUUUUCAACUUCCAGAACUUGAAGCUACAAUCUGUGAAAAUCCUACCUUAUAUCCUCACUACCGAGACCCAUACCCUACACCUGGACUUCAUCCAGAUGUCUUCAUCUCCUUAAACCUUCAAAAGCCUAACAAGUCUCGCUCAGCCAACGCCAAAGAGAACAUCCCCAGUGGCUCUGCUACAAAGCCCAUCAGGUCUGGCGCUCAACUAGGCUUCAUCAAAGAAACAGAGAGACUUGCUCGAGAACAAUCUAAAAGAGUAACCAAACAUAAAGGCUUUAAAUUUGGGGCAUCUAACAAGAAAUUUAAAUUUAUUCGCUAA